AAAAUACUCUGCCGCUUCGGCUAGGGUUUUCUAAAGCCCCUCUUCACUCGCUCGCUCGCUCGCUCUCUUCUUUUCACUCACUACACACACUCUUUGCUUUCUGCAUAUCAGAUCUAAAUGUCCAUGGAUUCUUAUAACAACUAGAAUUCAUUUUCGAAAUAAAUAAAUCUAAGGCUCAAAGCUUUAGCCUUGUUUGAUAUACAUAGACCACUGAGAGUAUCGAAAAUGGCGACAAUGAACCCAUUUGAUCUUUUGGGCGAUGAUGAUAAUGAUGACCCAAGUCAGCUUCUUGCUGCUCAGCAGCAGAAAGCUCCGGUGGCUUCUGCAGCUCCGGCUACCAAGAAGGCCAAGCUUCCUUCCAAGCCCCUUCCCCCAGCUCAGGCUGCAAAGAAUGAAAUUCAACGUGGUGGCGGGCGUGGUGGUGGACGUGGUGAUGGUCGUGGUCGUGGGCGUGGGCGUGGCGGUCGAGGAUUUGACCGAGAUUCUGCUGAUAAUGAAAAUACAGCUGCCGGCAACAAUGGGUACUCUGGAGGGUAUAGAACUUCAGAAGAUGUGGAGGCUGGGAAGACUGGUGAAAGGCGUGGAUAUGGUGGUCCUCGUGGAGGUUUUCGUGGGGGUCGCCGUGGUGGUUUUAGUAAUGGGGAAGCUGCAGAUGGUGAGAGUGGAGAACGCCCUCCUAGGAGGAUAUUUGAUCGCCGUAGUGGUACUGGUCGUGGAAAUGAGAUAAAACGUGAGGGUGCUGGUCGUGGAAAUUGGGGGACCCCAACUGAUGAGAUUGCUCCUGAAACUGAAGAACCGGUCAAUGAGGGUGAGAAGAAUGCUGAUACUGAGAAACAAUCAGGACAGGAAACAGUUGGGGAUGCCAACAAAGAUUCUCAUGUGGACGAGCCAGAAGAGAAAGAGAAGGAACCUGAGGAAAAGGAGAUGACACUGGAGGAGUAUCAGAAGCUACUUGAAGAGAAGAGGAAAAGCUUGCUGGCAUCAAAACCAGAGGAGAGGAAGGUUAACUUGGAUAAAGAAUUUGAAUCCAUGCAAUUGCUGUCUAACAAAAAGAAUGAUGAUGAUGUCUUCAUAAAAUUGGGGUCUGACAAAGAUAAGCGCAGGGAUGCUGGUGAAAAAGCAAAGAAGGCUGUAAGCAUAAAUGAAUUCCUGAAGCCUGCUGAGGGUGAAAAUUAUUAUCGUCCUGGUGGCCGUGGAAGGGGACGUGGCCGUGGUAGGGGAGGAUAUGGAAACAACUCAUACAACGUUGAAGCUCCUUCCAUUGCAGAUGUCGGGCAGUUUCCUUCUUUGGGCGGAAACUAAGGGAGCAGGGCCUGCCUGAGCUUUUAUUCUUCCUAUUCUCAUGAUUUUGGGUGGCUCGCUUUUGGCGGGAUAUUUUCACAAAUGACGUGCUCCUGUACUAAAAUUGUUGAAGAAUUUUACAACCUUUUAAAGAGUGUAAAUUUAGAUGUCUUCCCGGGGUUUAUUCCCUUGGGUCUAGUCCUUUGACCAGCAUGGUUACACUUUUUUUUUUUUGGCAUAUUUAGGGCACUAGGGUCCAAAUUUUAUAUUUUGAUGAUGGAUCAGUUUUGAUUUGGAGUUAUGGAAACAGUUUUGCUUUUUCCUAGUUGAAGCCUUUAGCUGAUUAUCAGUUUCUGUUC